UAACAUUCUUAUAGAACCUGACACAUAACAACAGUCUUUAGGCAACAUUUUCUUCACCUUUAAACGUCACUGAGUGAACACAUACUCUUCAGAGCAGCGGAAGAAAAUCUUGAAACUUCACUUUUAAACUGGAUUUUAUAACAUAGAACUGAACCAUCACUGAAUAUCAUUGGAGCCCAGACAGAAUCGGUUCGACAUUCUUCUGGAUGAGUUCAGACCCAAACAGCACGAAAAUGGACAACAGGGAAGAUCUGGAACAUAACGUGCCUUGCACUUUUGACAAUGUAAUGUUUGGGCAAACACCCAACCCUCCACCUCCUCCUCUUUUGCCCACUGGAACACCUGUCCUGCCUUGGCCAGCAGCAGAGACUGGGUGGUUUGUUAACAACACCUUCCCGGGAUCUUGUCUUCCUGCAUCUCAGCAGCAAGGUCCACUCACAGUUGCUCCCACCAUUAUGAGGCCAGCUUACAUGUACAGAGAGCCAGGGACAGAUAACCAGGGACAGCUGAGACAACCAGAGACUAAUGUGCUCACAAUUCCCGAUAACGUGCUCCAGAACCUGCGUCCUGUUGGAGUACUGAACGGUGUACCGAUGUAUGAUUAUGCCACUCCUGCUCCUCCACCUAACACCUCCGCUCCAAAAAAAAGAAAGUGCCGAGCCCAGCAGGAUGAAGAUCGGCCAUACGUCAAGAAGCCGCCAAAUGCCUUCAUGCUCUAUCUCAAAGAGCAGAGGCCAAAGGUCACUGCUGAACUCAAUAUCCCUGGAAGUGCAGCCGUAAAUGCAGUGGUGGGACAGAGGUGGAAGUCGCUUUCAAACGACCAGAAAGCCAGAUAUUUCGACCAGGCUGAAACAGAAAGACGGAAUCAUGCCAAAGAGCAUCCAGCCUGGUCGACCAAAGAAAACUAUGGCAAAAAGAGGAAGAGAAUCCGACUUAGAAAAGAAUCUGCAUGUGUACAUGAAGAAGAAGAAGAAGCUCAACAAGCCAACCACUUGCGUAUGAGGCCAACUGAGUCACAGCCAUCUUCUUCUUCUCAUUCAUUUCUGACAGAGCCACAUGAGCUGCCACAGACAAAGCCAGAUGAUAGCAGCCUGCCUCGCCAGCAGCCAGUGUGUGUGCAACUGCCAAACACACAGGCAUCACCCUAUACACCUCUCUGUCAAGAAAAUCAGGUCUCCCCUGCCUCUCACAUGAAUUUCCCUGAGGACACCUCAUUGGACUCCCCUGUUGCACCCCUUCAGUUCCAGACAGAGGAGGCCUUUGUCACAGACAGAGAGGAAGAACUGCUGUCAAUGCUGGAAGCGCUUGACCCCCUCCCCAUCACUGCACAGUCUCAACAGCCCUCACCCACGCCUGCUUCUCCUGUAGAUGCCUCUCAAACUGCAUCAGUUCGACCCCAAGUUGAUUUAUUUCAAGACAGAGAUGAGCCCAUCUGUUUUGCUGAAAUUCAAGAAGACAUGUGGUCAGUGCUUGACUACCUCCCGUCUCUCAGCAGGCUAAUGUGCUCUCCUCUCCUGAUUCACACAACUACUCGACUCCUAAACGAAAUCUCAUCUGUCCUGCUGAUUCCCUCCAUCCAGAUUGGCGUCCUCCCUGUUGCAUUCACUGAAUUGCAGUCAACACCCCCAUCUUUUGCGAACUUAUGA